GCUGCCGGAGGGGGCGACUGUGUGGAUGGGAUGGGGACGCCGGGGGAGGGGCUGGGCCGCUGCUCCCACGCCCUGAUCCGCGGGGUCCCGGAGAGCCUGGCGUCCGGGGAGGGUGCGGGGGCUGGCCUCCCUGCCCUGGACCUGGCUAAAGCACAGAGGGAGCACGGGGUGCUGGGGGGUAAGUUGAGGCAGCGAUUGGGGCUUCAGCUGCUAGAACUGCCUCCUGAAGAGUCGCUGCCGCUGGGACCGCUGCUCGGCGACACCGCCGUGAUCCAGGGGGACACGGCCCUGAUCACGCGGCCCUGGAGUCCUGCCCGCAGGCCAGAGGUGACGCCAGGGGGCGCGGGGGGACAUCCGAGGCUUCAGGGAAGAAGUGGGGUGCGAAUGUCCCGGGCCCGCUCCUCUCGCCCUAAGGUGGAUGGAGUCCGCAAAGCCCUCCAGGACCUGGGGCUCCGGAUUGUGGAGAUGGCGGACGAGAACGCAACGCUGGAUGGCACUGAUGUCCUCUUCACGGGCCGGGAGUUUUUCGUGGGCCUCUCCAAGUGGACCAACCACCGAGGAGCCGAGAUCGUGGCCGACACGUUCCGGGACUUCGCCGUCUCCACAGUGCCGGUCUCCAGCCCCUGCCACCUGCGCAGCUUCUGCGGCAUGGGGGGUCCCCGCACGGUGGUGGCGGGCAGCAGCGACGCAGCCCAGAAGGCUGUCCGGGCCAUGGCGGUGCUGACGGACCACCCCUACGCCUCCCUGACCCUCCCAGAUGAUGCAGCCGCUGACUGUCUCUUUCUGCGUCCUGGGUUGCCUGGUGUGCUCCCUUUCCUCCUGCACCGUGGAGGGGGGGACCUGCCCAACAGCCAGGAGGUGAGGGGGGGAGGGCAGAAGCUCCACCAACCACCACCAGAGAAAAGCAUCUCAGGCCUUCCUAGGAGGAGGGAGGGAGUCCUUACCUGGAAGCCUGAGUGGGACCGUUCUGAUCUGGCUGCAAGGGGUGUGUGGUUGUCUCACUCCCAUCUCCCCAUCCCAUGUCCUCCCUGCAGGCACUGCAGAAGCUCUCUGAUGUCACCCUGGUCCCUGUGUCCUGCUCGGAACUGGAGAAGGCAGGUGCUGGGCUCAGCUCCCUCUGCCUGGUACUCAGCACACGCCCCCACAGUUGAGGGCCUGGCCUUGGGGUCUUGGCUGGUCAGGGAUAGGGCAGUAUAGGGAGUAGAAGGGGAAGGAGGAUUAGACAAAGGAUGGUGAAUAGUGGGAACAGGGUCCCUAGGUAGGGGGAGGGCAUAGUGUGGGAAAAAAGAGAGAGAUCAUUGGGUGAGUCUUCUCUCCCAGAACUAAUAAAAUAGAACUGACCUUUC